GGUCCCUUCCAACUCUGUUAUUCUGUUAGGUGUGGAUCUUGGUCUAACUUCCCAGCUCCCAGCCUUUAUUCAAAAGUUCCAAAGUUUCCAUCAAGAACUCCCAAAUGGGAAGCAUGUAGACGCUUUGUUGUUCUCCUUUCUGAUGCAAGCCAUCUCCAGGGACCUGCUACAUGCGACAUAAACUAUGUCUCUUUUUUCAGCAACAGCAACAGCACUGAGAUUUAUCUCCCGCCCCAUAGCUCUUUACAGCACUCUCUGGGGACUUUACGAUGUAGAAGCGUUACUAGCACAUUGCCCCCAACAAUCAGGGUCCUUUGACCAUCUUCGGAAGAAUAGAAGGCUGAGUAAACCUCAGGAUUGAACUCCUGGCAGUGGGCAGAGUCAGCCUGCAGUAGUGCCUUUUAACACUGCGCCAACUUGGGGAUCUUGCAAGCAGUAGAAAAAGGAGAAAGGGAAGAAUUUCACAACUUCCAUCUUCGUCCAGGAGACUCUGACCAGGUGGCCUUGGGGAAGUCCUGUGGUUCACUCCUGCUUCUGAAGCUUCUUCUUCAUGCUUUGGUUUGAAACCAGUGGCUACCCAUGAAUUCUGCAGCUUGAUGGACUUCAUGGAAGGUGUCAAUCAGACCCUGCAGGUGACCGAAUUCUUGUUCUUGGGUUUCUCUGGCAUGCCCAGAGGCCGCCCCUUCCUCUUUCUGCUGUUUCAGGUCAUCUACCUCAUCACUUUGGUGGCCAACUCAAUGUUACCCAUCUUGAUCCAGCUGGAUUUGCGCCUCCACAGCCCGAUGUACUAUUUCCUCAGCCAUUUGUCCUGCUUAGACAUCUGCUACUCCUCGGUUACCCUCCCCACCAUCCUGGUGAACCUCUUGCGCCAGCAGCCCUCCAUCUCCUACAACGAGUGCAUGGCCCAGAUGUUCUUCCUGAUGAGCUUUGCAGGGACUGAAUCUGCACUGCUGGCUGUGAUGGCCUAUGACCGCUAUGCGGCCAUCUGUGAACCUUUGCGCUAUUCUCAACUCAUGAGUAGGAGGGUGCGAGUCCCUCUGGCUACAGCUUCGUGGAUCUGGGGCCUUGUUGACUCUGCCAUUCACACUGCAUUGGCCACCGAUUUGGUCUUCUGUGGAAACAACCAGAUCCAUCACAUCUUCUGUGAUGUCCCCCCACUCUUGAAAAUUGCCUGCAGUGACACCUACACCAAUGAGCUGACUCUUCACACAGCAAGUGUCUUUGUGGGGUUCUGCCCUUUCCUCCUGGUUGUCAUUUCGUACGUCUACAUCUUAUCUACAAUUCUGAAGAUCCGUUCUAGCACUGGAAGGAGAAAGACCUUCUCCACCUGUGCUGCCCACUUGGCUACCGUCAUUGUCUACUUUGGGAUGAUCAACUUGAAUUACAACCGUCCCAGCGUGGGCUACUCCUUGGGGGUGGACACUCUGAUCUCCACCCUCUAUUGCGUCGUCACCCCCAUGCUGAACCCGCUAAUCUACAGCAUCCGAAACAAGGAGGUCAAAGGGGCCCUACGAAAGCUUCUGCAAUCUCAGGAGAAGAACGAUGCAUCUCCUGGGAAGCAUUGAAGGAAAAGACUUGGUCUCCUUCCUAGUCUCUCUGUAUAUUCUGUCCACCAUCAGCAAUGAUUUCUCCAGACUGACGGGUUGUGUAGUUGUAAAUUCAAAUAUGGCUGAUUGGCUCAAUGACAUUUGGGACUCUACUCGCCAUAUCCUUCCUUCCUAUAACCUCAUCUUGAUUUAAUCAUUUAAAGGGGGAAGGGGAAAAAAGAUCUGGAGAACUUCCUCCCACCUGCCUGCUCAAGGUAUUUCCAGAAGGAUCUUUUCCCUCUUCCAGGUCCCCUUGACUUCCACCUCCCUAUGCAUCCUUCAGAUUUUGUCAAACGAUGAACCAAAAUUCCUGAAUGUGCCUCAGCUGUUUGGGAGCCAGUCAGAGACAUGGGACAAUAGACUCCCAAUAUUCUAAAAUACUAGAUUAUAAUACUAUAAUUACAAGGCGGAGGCUGUGCGGGACAAGGAGCUGUCAGGCGAUGGGUAGAACAGUUGGAAUAAAAGGUAUCUAUCCAGGACAGAUGUUAUGUUUGUUCUUCUGAAUUUUCAUUUGUUUCAUCCUAAAUACAUCCAGAAAAUCACCAUGUGAAUGGGACAGUGGGUAGGCAGGAGACCCAAAUGUUUCACCAGGAGGAAGAAAGUUCUGAUGGUCCACUGCAAGAUGAGACAGAACUUUUCCACUUCCCCUACCUCAGGCGAGGUUGUGGACUGUUGUGUCCCUUGGCAAGUAAGACAAGGGCAGUGAAGAAGCUGGGGAUGUAUAGUUGUACAGAUCUUCAGUGCAGGAGCAGAUGUCCCUUCUUCAUUGAUGUGUUUGUCAUUCUCUUCUCCUUCUCAUUUCUCUUUGCACAUAAUCAACAAUCCUCUGUUUCCCAUCCACAUUCUUUCUGUGUCCUUCUCUCUCUCUCUCGCUCUCUCUCUCUCUCUCUCUCUCUCUCUCUCCUACGUAGUUCAGAUGUAGGCCAUCCCUGCUGCAUUUAAUAGAAUAGAAUAGAAUAGAAUAGAAUAGAAUAGAAUAGAAUAGAAUAGAAUAGAAUAUAUGUGUCACAGAAUAUAUGCGGGUACAUGCAUAAUUCUGUAUUUAUUUAUUUAUUUUUGUCAUAUUUAUGUGGUGUAUAUUGGAGGUGGUGAUCCUUUCAGAGUUGUAUGCAACGAAAUUUCAUUUUAAUGU